AUGGUGAAACGUGAUGCAACUGUUACUUUCAAAGAAAACAAGUGUGAAAUUUCUCGGAAUUCGAAGAUUUUAGCUGUGGGAGAGAUCCAAGGAAAGUUAUAUGUCUUGAAUAUUGUGAAAGAGCAUGUGAACAUUGCCAAACAACAACCUGAUACAGAUCGGUAUUUGUGGCACUGUAGACUUGGCCAUCUGGGAAUGAACAAUGUGAACAAACUUAUUAACGAAAAUAUGGUAAGUGGAAUGGACGGUGUAAGCAAUACGAAUGAAAAUCAAUUCUGUGAAGCAUGCAUCAAGGGGAAGCAUCAUCGCUGUCCUUAUCCGAAGACUGCUGAUUAUCGUGCUAGUGAACCAUUCGAACUUGUCCAUAGCGACGUCUGUGGUCCAAUGUCUGUACCUUCUCUUGGUGGAUCAAGAUAUUAUGUAAGCUUCAUCGACGACUACUCGCGCUAUACAUUUGUAUAUUUCAUGAAGAACAAGAGCGAAGUCUUGGAAAAGUUCAAAGAGUUCCACACCUAUGCUACGAAUAUCACUGGAAAGCCAAUCAAGGUUCUACGUUCUGAUAACGGAGGAGAGUAUUCAUCGAAAGAAUUCGAAUCUUUCCUGAAGAAGAAUGGUAUCGUUCAUCAAUUAAGCGUACCAUACAACCCAGCGCAGAAUGGUGUAGCGGAAAGAAUGAACCGAACGGUCGUAGAAACAACCCAAUCCAUAUUGUCCCAUGCACAUAUUCCAAACGAAUUCUGGGCUGAAGCAGUCAAUACCUCAGUUUACGUGCGAAAUCGCAGCCCAACGAAAGCUUUAAAUGAUAUCACUCCGUACGAAUGCUUGUUUGAAAAGAAACCUGAUGUGUCCAAUUUACGCGUAUUCGGAUGUAUUACGUACAUGCAUAUCCCUGACAAUCAAUGA